AGAAGCAGGCAAUGGAGAGUAGUGCUACACUUCCACUCCACGUUUGCCAUGUCAAGAAAACGGAGCUAGUAAUAAACAGGCUCCACGCUUUCCUCCAUGGAAUUGCUUUACUGUCAUUGUUUUACUACAGAAUCACUUCACUCGCCGAUAUUAUCAGAAAUAGGGAUAACACUCUCCUUCUACCCCAUGUUCUAAUCCUCAUUUCUGAGCUCAUACUCUCUUUCAUUUGGCUUCUUAGUCAGGCCGCAAAGUGGAAGCCUGUUGCUCGAAAAACAUACCCUGAAAGAUUGCCAGGAGAUGAAAAGCUUCCUUCCAUUGAUGUGUUCAUAUGCACCGCUGAUCCCAACAAAGAGCCCUGUGUGAAAGUGAUGAAUACUGUCAUAUCGGCUUUGGCACUUGAUUAUCCUCCUCAUAAGCUUCAUGUUUAUCUUUCAGACGAUGGGGGUUCUGUUGCAACUUUCCGGGCCAUUAAACAGGCUUGGAAAUUCUCCAAGUUAUGGGUUCCAUUCUGCAAAAAAUAUAAGGUGAAGAUUGCAUGCCCGGAGGCCUAUUUUUUGACAGAUGAUGAAAGUGGUCCUGAUGGCAAGUUCCAAAGCAAUGAGUUCAUAGUUGAGAAGAAGGAAAUUGAGACAAGGUAUGCAGAAUUCAAGGAAAUUGUGGCGAAGAUCAUUGCGGAUACAAGUAUUUCUGUGAGCAAAGAUCAUCCGCCCAUGAUUGAGGUGAUUGAUGAUGCAAAUGACGAUGGAAUCGAUUCAAACCAAAGAGAGAUACCUCUACUUGUUUAUGUUGCUAGAGAGAAAAGGCCUUCUCAUCCACACCAUUUCAAAGCCGGAGCACUUAACGUUCUUCUCCGAGUGUCUGCCAUGAUAAGCAAUUCACCGUACAUUCUGGUCCUGGACUGUGACAUGUACUGCAAUGAUCCAUCGUCGGCACGCCAAGCAAUGUGCUUUCAUUUCGACCAUGAAUUAUCCCCAAAACUUGGUUUUGUUCAGUUUCCACAGAAAUUUUACAAUAUCAACGAGACGGACAUCAAUGAUGGGCAACAAAGAUCUGUUUGGUCGAAAUGGGAAGGCUUAGAUGGGAUCAUGGGACCAAUCUUAUCUGGAACAUGCUUUUAUAUAAAGAGGGAAGCACUUUGUGGAACUCAGAAAUUUCGAGAGGAUGUUGAUUUUAUCAAGUUGAAGAAGUGUUUUGGUUCAUCCAACGAGUUCAUCAAAUCAAUAAGUAUAUAUCAUAAGCGGAAUUAUCAAAUUGAACACAAGUUCCGUGAAAAUAAAGUUGAGGAAGAGCUCCAAUUGCUAGCUUCAUGUAGCUACGACGAUGACACAAAAUGGGGGAAAGAGGCAAGUUGUGGGGUUUAG